AUGUCACAAAUGAAAAUCACCUCGAGACGACCAGUCAUCUCUCUCAUCCCUCUUGUUUUAAUAUUGUGGGCUCUUCUUUCCCUUCUCAUAACGUCAUUAACACGAGUCUCUGCUCAAACUUGUCGAACCAAUCUCAUCACAAACACUUUCACACCUUCCUUUCUGGAUUAUUGUCCAGUCGGUUGGAUCAAUACUGGAAAUAAAUGUGAGAGAUUUGCAGAUAUCUGGAAAGCAAAAUUGGGAUCUGGUUGUACUACUUCCUGGGAUUGUAAAUUCUCUUCUCUUUCUUGCAUCAACAACGUUUGCAGUCCAUUAAAUCGAAUGGAAGGAGAUACUUGCACUGAAGACUCUCAAUGUGCACAAAAUGUCUAUUCCAAAUUUAGUAGUGCUUGUUUCAAUGGACGUUGUCGACCAAUGACUCUUAUCAAGACUGCAAAAGUUGGUGAAACUUGUAAUGUCAAGAAUGUUGCUGACAAUACCAUCUCUGAUUGUGCUGAAGGACAUUGUGCUUUGGCAAGUCUUUUCAAUUCCAUCAUACCUGGUCUUAUCACUUCCAAGUGUGUGAAAACAUCACAAGCCAAGAAGGGUGAAACUUGUGGUUUCAAAUACACACUUCUUCCUCCUGCAAUUACGGAUUAUAUCACUUGUGAAUCAGGUACUACUUGUUCAUUGGUGAUUGGAGGUACUUGUGUUCCUGUUGUUCAAGAGGGACAAGCAUGCUCUCUGUUAGAUCUCUCACAACAAUGCGAAACUAAUACUUACUGUCGAAGACGAUCCGCAACUGCUUCCACGACCUGUGAGUACAAGGCACCAAUUGGUGAAUAUUGUGAUACUUUUCUCGAUUGUGCAUUUGUAAAUUCAGGAAUGGUUUCAUGUGAAAACAACAAGUGUGUUCGAAAAGCAUCGAGACCUAACGGACAAGGAUGUACCUCCAAUGAUCAAUGUUACAGCAGAUAUUGCGAUUCUUCUACUGGUAAAUGUUCUGCCUAUGCAGGAAAGGAAACAUGUUCCACUUCUUCCAGUUGUACCACUGCCAUUUCACAAGGAUGUGGUUGUGCUGGAAAGGAAACAGAUAGCAAUCUUGGAAAGUGUGUGGCAUCUUGUGAGGGACAACUUUUAGAUUUAAAAGCUUGUCUCUAUAAUUUGGGAAUGUAUUACUAUGACAGUAUUACACCAUCACAAUCGUUGGGAUAUUCCCAAUAUAGUGAUGAAACUUCUACUGCUUUCAGAUCAUGUCGAUAUUAUUAUGAUCAAUUUUAUGGAUGUAUGAAGCAAACUUGGAAUGAUGCUGGAAUUUCAAAUUUAGAUUCGUCCAUGCCUGGACUUGGAUUGGGAAGUGGUGUAGGUGAUGGAAAUUCUCUUUUACUUCCUGAGAGAAAUGGAAGUGAGAGUUUGUUGAUGAACCGAUCGAUGGUUGUCGUGAUGCUGGUGAUGGUGGUACUUCUUGCUUUGAAUUAA